AUGGGCGAUAAGAUCAGACCUUUCAAGAAAAUUUUAACAAAAGAAUUGAAAAAUGAUCUAAAGAAUUUCUAUAUAGCAAAUAGAAAUCCAACGCAUUCAAUGAUGCUGCCACCUAGAAUGUUUGGUAUAACCAAUAACGAGUCAAAUAUAAUUGGUUGGAAACAUUUUUGUAGAAUCGCAUCGUGGAUAGAUCGUAGAGAUGAUAGUCAUCGAUAUCAACCAAGUGAGAUGCCUUAUACCUUUAAACUGUUAUUGAGUGGUUUAAGAGAUGGUUUGAAGGAUCCUUCGGAAUUUCAUAAGCGAUGUGAUAAUAAAGUGAAACGAUCCAAUCGAGCUAUUUGGGGUGCCCAAAGAAAUCCUUGUUUCAGUUUUGAUUUACAAUGGUUUAAAGGAAAAUGCUUACAAAGUUCCUAUGAAGCUAAAAUAACUGACAAAGAAGAUUUUAAUAUUAUUGAUUACGAAGUAUUUCAAGUAAUAACGAACAUUGAUUAG